AUGGAAACAGAACGAGCAAGUAUGACGAGUGACUAUACUGAAAUCGUUCAACGUUUAUCCUUUUCUUUGAGAUUAGCGUAUGGUGUAGGACAUAUAUUUAAUGAUAUUUGCGCUUCCAUGUGGUUUACAUAUUUAUUAGUGUUUUUUCAUUUGGUACUGGGAUUUGAUGCAACUUUAUCCGGUGUAAUUUUGCUUAUUGGUCAAGUAACGGAUGCUAUAGCUACUCCAUUUGUUGGAUUUUAUUCUGAUAAGAAUGACCAGUUCUGGCUUUGUAAAUAUGGAAAGAGGAAAACAUGGCAUUUGAUAGGUACCUUGUGUGUUUUAUUGGCUUUUCCCUUUAUAUUUUCACCUUGUAUCGGAUGUGAAACUGCUCAUGAAUGGGCUCAGUUAAUUUAUUAUGCCUCAUUUGUUGUAAUUUUUCAAUUUGGUUGGGCUGCUGUCCAGAUAUCUCACUUAUCAUUGGUCCCUGAACUCACACCUACCAAACGUGAAAGAACAGAGCUCAUAGCUAUCAGAUAUAGCUUUACUGUUCUCUCAAAUGUUUUUGUUUAUUGUAUCACAUGGGCAGUAUUACAUGUAACAAACAACAAAGAUUCUAAUUCCCAAAUUGGCCCUGACGAUGCAAAGAAAUUUCAAGAAAUUUUAUUCAUCGGGAUAGGAAUAGGAUCUCUAGCAUCUAUUUUCUUCCACGUUUUUAUCAAGGAGGGAGUUGUUAAUAACUUUGAUGGAUUGCAUAGAAAUACAAGAUCAGUGUCAGUAUUAUUGAAAGAUGCACGCUUGUAUCAAGUAGCCUUCAUUUAUAUGCCUACACGUUUAUUUAUAAAUUUAUCACAAAUUUAUGUUCCUUUAUAUUUACAUGAGACUUUAAAUAUGCCAGCUACAUCUCUGGCUGUUGUUCCCUUAAUAAUGUUUCUGAGUAGUUUUCUAAUGUCUCUAAUUAUAGAAAAGUUGAAUACAAAGCUAGGCAGACAAAUGUCAUUUUACCUCGGUGUUUUCUUGGGUACAUGUGCUUGCAUUUGGAUACGAUUUGGUACAGGCAUAACAUUUACAAAAUAUCAAAUCUACCCAAUAUCUGUGAUAUUAGGAUUUGCAGGGUCCAUCAUGUUGGUGACCAGUCUUGGUGUUACAUCAGAUUUUAUUGGGCUGGACACAGACAAUGGUGCAUUUGUCUAUGGUAUCAUGAGUUUUACAGAUAAACUUUCUAAUGGUUUGGCAGUUAUGAUUAUUCAAUAUUUGACACGAUGGAUAAGUUCCAAAAAUUACUAUAGAGAUAUUUUGGUUUAUGUCUGUGGUUCUUCUGCAAUAUUUGGUUUAAUAGCAAUUAUAUUCAUAAAACCAUUUUCUAACAAUGCAGCUUACAGUACGUUAAGUUCAGAACAAGAAACAGUAGCAGAAACCGAACCAGACAAUUUACCACGCCAAGAGCAUGUCACAUAA